GCCACGUCUGCGGUUGCGAGGUCCGGCUCUGGGUGCGGCCGUUGCCGCUCGAGCGCUUCUCCGCUUCGUGGAGGUGAAGGGGGGCUUCCUGACUGAGAUAUGGAUUUAGGUGCUAUUACAAAAUACUCAGCAUUACAUGCCAAGCCCAAUGGACUGAUUCUUCAAUAUGGGACUGCUGGAUUUCGAACAAAGGCAGAACAUCUUGAUCAUGUCAUGUUUCGCAUGGGAUUAUUAGCUGCUCUGCGGUCCAAACAGACAAAAUCCACUAUAGGAGUCAUGGUAACAGCGUCCCACAAUCCUGAGACAAUGGUGUAAAAUUGGUUGAUCCUUUGGGUGAAAUGUUGGCACCAUCCUGGGAGGAACAUGCCACCUGUUUAGCAAACGCUGAGGAACAAGAUAUGCAGAGAGUGCUUAUUGACAUCAGCGAGAAAGAAGCUGUGAAUCUGCAACAAGAUGCCUUUGUAGUUGUUGGUAGAGACACCAGGCCCAGCAGUGAAAAACUUUCACAAUCUGUAAUAGAUGGUGUGACUGUCCUAGGAGGUCAAUUCCAUGAUUAUGGCUUGUUAACAACACCCCAGUUGCACUACAUGGUGUAUUGUCGAAAUACGGGUAGCCGAUAUGGAAAGGCAACUUUAGAAGGUUACUACCAGAAACUCUCUAAGGCUUUCGUGGAACUCAUCAAACAGGCUUCCUGCAGUGGAGAUGAAUACAGAUCACUUAAGGUCGACUGUGCAAAUGGCAUAGGGGCCCUGAAGCUAAGGGAAAUGGAACACUACUUUGCACAGGCCCUAUCAGUUCAGCUGUUUAAUGAUGGGUCUAAAGGAAAACUCAAUCAUUUAUGUGGAGCUGACUUUGUGAAAAGUCAUCAAAAACCUCCACAGGGAAUGGAAAUUAAGUCCAAUGAAAGAUGCUGUUCUUUUGACGGAGAUGCAGACAGAAUUGUUUAUUACUACCAUGAUGCAGAUGGCCAUUUUCACCUCAUAGACGGGGACAAGAUAGCAACGUUAAUUAGCAGUUUCCUUAAAGAGCUCCUGGUGGAGAUUGGAGAAAGUUUGAAUAUUGGUGUUGUACAAACUGCAUACGCAAAUGGAAGUUCAACACGGUAUCUUGAAGAAGUUAUGAAGGUACCUGUCUAUUGCACUAAGACUGGUGUAAAACAUUUGCACCACAAGGCUCAAGAGUUUGACAUUGGAGUUUAUUUUGAAGCAAACGGGCAUGGCACUGCAUUGUUUAGUACAGCGGUGGAAAUGAAGAUAAAACAAUCGGAACAACUCGAGGAAAAGAAAAGAAAAGCUGCUAAGAUGCUUGAAAACAUUAUUGACUUGUUUAACCAGGCAGCCGGUGAUGCUAUUUCUGACAUGCUGGUGAUUGAGGCAAUCUUGGCUCUGAAGGGCUUGACUGUGCAACAAUGGGAUGCUCUUUAUACAGAUCUUCCAAACAGACAACUUAAAGUUCAGGUUGCAGACAGAAGAGUUAUUAGCACUACCAAUGCUGAAAGACAAGCAGUUACACCCCCAGGACUACAGGAGGCAAUCAAUGACCUGGUGAAGAAGUACAAGCUUUCCCGAGCUUUUGUCCGGCCCUCUGGUACAGAAGAUGUCGUCCGAGUAUAUGCAGAAGCAGACUCACAAGAAAGUGCAGAUCACCUUGCACAUGAAGUGAGCUUGGCAGUAUUUCAGCUGGCUGGAGGAAUUGGAGAAAGACCCCAACCAGGUUUCUGAAGAUGAUUUUCAUAAUCCUGAGAAACUGGAUGUUUAAAAAGUCUUUACAAAGCAGUCAAUAAUAAUGGCAAUACCAAGAGAUUUAUCAUAAUGUUUACAAUGCACCCCUACUGGAUUGUCUCUAGGUCUGAUUGUUAUUCUUAAAACACUACCAGAAUAAUUCUUUAUAAAUAGGUAAGCCUUAUACUUAUUAAAGAAACAUACCUCUCAUUUGAUUCUCACUAAUGUAAAAUAUUGGGUUUUAAGUAUACAAUUCAAUCACUAACCAUACAGUUUUAUGUGGGAAACAACUCACCCAGGCUACUGGAAAAUUAAAUCUUGUUAUGAACUCUUUGUGCAUCUUUGCCAUUGCCAUCAUAUGAGCAAGAUGAUGUUUUACAGCAUUCCCCAUUGCUGGUACAAAUGGAGAGGGAGGAGAAGACUUAUAACCAGUUUUUCCAUUGCAGAGUCUUAAGAAAGAUUAUUAGAUGACUUACCUGUAUGACUAAUGCCAUUAGGUGUGAAUAGGAAGGGGGUUGUCCAUUCCCCCUACAUACUGAGGUGGAGGUGCUCAUGCAAUACUUAGAAGGAUGCAUGGUCCAGCCUUCAGUUAUUCGUCACUGCUCUUGGUGAAGGUAUGUGGGAGAAAAACUAAUUGUGAUACAUUUCCCAGCCUCUGAUGGAGAAGGGACACCACUCUGAUAUCAGAACACAGUUAAUAAGGGAAAGAAAGAGAAAAAUCCCCAACCAAUCUUAUAUUAAACCAAGCCUGAAACCAAUGGAAAAAAAUGUGUAGUGUAUAUUUUGCAGGUUUAAGACAACUCAAGACAAUAAAAACAAUGGACUUUACAUGUAUAUAUAGCUCUCUUAGGCACCAUAAUUAAUAUGAGCCAAUAUUUAAACUUAUAUUUAAACUUGAUUCAGGCCACGCUCAGACAUUUGCUCUUAUUUACAAAUAUUUAAAUUAAAUACAACCUGAAAUGUGUUUUGUUACAUACAAAAAAAAAAAAAAAGGAAAAACUAUACAACUCAGAGCAGUGUGUUUGUUUUAAAUAAUUACAUUUACAUGUAAGCUAAAUGGAACCACCAGUGCUGCUCAAGUUUUUAUCAUCCCUUCCAGAAAAUCUUUUUCUACCAUCUCUUCUAUUUUUUGCCUGGCUUUGCUGGAACAUGGUUUGUGGUUCUCCAGUUUCAUGUCCUUAUUAGGGAAGGCAUUUGAGUAGAGGAUGGGACUUCCUGCGUGUCCUCCACAUCGGCUUGUGACUUUGCUGUUGAAGACUUGACUGAGCACAUUGAAGAAUGGCAGAAGCUGCUCCAUGCUGCGCACGGUGCAGAUGGUGAGCAGCAAGUGCCCUGGCUCCCAACCCAACGUCCUCCCUGAGUUGUCGUCUUCUGGAUUUUUCUGCAGAAAACAAAAAGUGAAUUGGUAUUAACAAUGUCAUGUGUUAGAAAAAUUAAAAAGAUACAAGCAUUGGCAGUUGGUCAAGGAAUGAACACAAAUGACAUUAAGUUUCUACUCCUGACCUGAUCAGAACGCUUGCUGCUUCUGAGACCUUUUAGUGCCAUAUAUUAGUUUUAUAUGGAGCAGUCUAACAUUGUAGUAAUGGUUCCCAACUAGAAUGGACAGAUAAGCUUAGUUAACAGGAAUAGCUUUGAACAGGACUAGAGUCAAACAAAAAAGUUUUAUGUUGUGCUUUGUAUUUACUCAAAAAGCUCGCAGGUUUCUGAACUCUCACUAAUUUUUGUAACCACAGACUAGGUCACAAUGUGACUAUAGAUAAAAGGAACGAAGAGCUUUAUACAUCCCCUUUUAUUAUAAUUAGUUAAUUCCCAUUUAUCCAAAUGGCCUAAAUUUGCUUUUAUGGUAGCAGUGUCCAGAGUGAAUAAUUACUGUCAGUACUGCAACACAGAGAAAGGAAGGGAUCCCUUAGGAGAGACACUUGCUUUUUCCUUCUGGGUUGUGCUCAACAACACAGGGAGGAAAGCUGGACCUGGAGUCAAAGGAAUUCGGUUAGUGUACUGACUCUGCCAUACUUGUGACAUCCUUGAUACACAAAGGUUCCUCACUUAUAAAAUGGGGCACUGUAUGAGAAGGUAUAUGAAAACUCUGUCAACUAAAUAUAAACAAAUAAUUUGUGUAUUAAGAGGCUAGUUUAAGAAGCCACCUGAAUUACACAAACACAGCCACAAACAUCAUUCUGUCUAGAGAAAGAUAAGAGACAACUGAGGUUGGUUGAACUUAGGCAGAAUCACAGAUAUAAUACCACACUAAGGAUAAUGAAAAUAAGCAGUGAACUAGACAGAAGGAAGAAAUCAUGAAGACUUAGGAAGCAGAAUUAUUAUCUGUCAUAUUAACAAAUGGAGUUUGCCUUCUAAGAUCAGAUGUUGCUGAGAAACUCAUUGUUUACCUAAUAAUUUAUCAUCACUAGUUUGCUAGUGGGUAAAGCAGAUGCAAAAUCCAGCUUAUUUUCUUCUGUGCUCUCAAGCUUGUUGCUUAAAGUAAAAUCCCGAAAAAGGAAAAUACUAGGUUGGUGCCCAUGUAAAACUGCGGUUUUUGCAUUGUUGAAAUUUGCUGUUUUAUAUUGGAGUAUGUUCUUAAGUACAUGUUAUGUUAUACAUCA